AUGCAGAGUGAACCGAAUCUCAUCGACAUGUCAAGAGUGAUUUUCCCAGUCGAGAAAUUGAAAGUGAUGAUAGGAAAGUUUCAUUAUCACAUAAGAAAGAAGCUUUCCGAAGGAGAACGACGCAAGUUACGAGAAUUUCCUAGAACGAAGGAUGGCUAUGAGUCGUCGUGGAUGGUACAGUGCAGGUUGACGUCGACAGUGGCGAUUCGUCGUCCUGAUAGAACUAUGCGGCGCCAUGCGAACUCAAUUGCGGCGCGGUAUCAGCUAUCGGUUGCAUUAACAGUGCUGACGUCAAACCAUCCUACGGAUUACGAUAAUGAAGCACGUCGUGUUUGGGGAAAUGUUGCGAUGCGAGGAAUUUUUCGUCUUCUGAUCGGCUUCUUCCACUUCCACAAUGUGCUCAUCGCCUCCUCGCAGCACUUCUACUACUCGAAGACCACCAUCAAUAACGUCGUCAUAGAUGACGGCAAGAUCUAUGUCGGGUCCGUGAACAAACUUGUCGUGCUGUCCACAGACGAACUCCUGCCGCUGCACUCACUGACAACCGGCCCCAUCAACGACUCCGUUCUGUGCAGUUUUGACGGCAGUAGUUGUCUGAAGAAUGCAGUGUUACGUGACACCGACAAUCACAACAAAGUACUGCAAGUACUGCCCGACGGUGUGCUGCAUUGUGGCUCCGUUCGUCAAGGAAUCUGCUCCAUGCAUUCUCUUCGCGACUUGUCAAUGGUUUCGUCAGGAGACGUGCCGGUCGCUUCCAUUUUACCGACAGCUUCCUGUGUUUCGUUGGUGCUUUCACCCACACGUCUUGCUGUGGCAGUUUCCUAUUCGGGCGAUUCUCCAUAUAGAGAUCCGUUUCCCGCUGUUGCCGUCAGAGAACUACCCAGUUACUUGGUGUUGAACGCGGGAAGUCUUGAAGGGGAGGCGGCCGUGUUUCUACGAGCUGAACUACGUCUGUCGUUUGAUAUGCAGUACUUGACUAUCUUCCACCAUGAGCACUACGUUUUUAUCGCCACAGUACAGUCGCAAAACACACGUCAGAUGCGAUCGCUUUCCAGAGUGACGAAGCUGCUCAGGUUCUGCGACAACGACACCAGGUAG